UGCGCGUUUUGAGCAGAAGAAGUACACACGGAGUAGGUCUUGGAAUAGUGACCGCUGCGCUGCCUGCAACAAACUUCGAAGCCGGCAUAUCUUCGGCUACACUUGUUCUUGUGCACAAAAGUUAUCGUGACGUUCCGCUUUGUUACUUUUUAUGGUUUUCGCUUGUACUUUUUGUUUGUUGUUUAUGUUGUGGGUGUUUUGUGGGUUCUUAUUUUCACCGGCUUGGAUACACAUGAUUGGUAAAUGUGGCAGCGACCACACCACCAACAACAAUGCAUUGGCGGCUCGUCGGAUCACCCUCAACUCUGCCAGGAACAUCGCAAUGCCGUCGGCGGUGCUCUCCGCAAGCUGCCCCUAGGCCAGAAGCGGUGCUCUCCGCAAACACCCCCGCACUCGCACCCCCAUUUGCACUUCCCGCCCCCACCUAAUUACCCGCCGACCGCUUCCAAGAUGUCGGAGGACCAAUUCAUGGCCAUUCCGGGACCGUCCAGCCAGCCUGAUCCGCCUUGGCCCAACAUAGACUAUUCGUACGCUUACUACGAGCCGGGGCCCCCUCUCAGGCACACCAAUGUCCCCAGCAAAUAUCCAGGGGCGUACCGUGAAGGGUCCUACAGAGCGAGACAUACAUAUCUCACAAGAUAUGGAACCGAAGAAAAUAUAUACGAAGAAAUCAGCGACCUGGCCAAAGCGAGACGUCGCAAGCAAGCUCACCAGGACUCCAUCAUGUCCCUGAAUCAGAGCCUCGUGGAGGAGGAGGUGCGCCGCGUCCAGAGCGGGCACAGACGCGUCCUCGGCGAGCUGAACCUCUCCGUGGAGGCCAUGCUUAUGCCCUCGAGUUCGCGUGAGGGCAGCGACGAUACGGACCGCGAAAACGAGAUGGACGACCAACUGGCCGACCUGCUGACCGUCGGCCCCACCGACGAGUUACUUAGCCCGGUGCCCUUGGUCGACCUUGACAGCGGUUUUAGUGGUAGUUCUAGUGGCGCGAGUUACAGAAGUGCCGCGGGUAGCCUAAGAAGGGGACCGGAUAGAUCGAAGGGUGGGGGAGUAGUCGCGAGGACUUCGGUACCGGCCGAAACGCAGGCCAAGGGGUUCUGGGGUAAAAAGGCCUGGAAAAAACUUGCUGCUUUUCCGAGUAAUAUCAGUCUCAACAAGAGUAAAGGUAAGACUGUUGAGCACGGAAAAGUGGUUUAUGAAGUGAACAGUCGCAAAGUCAAAUGGUGCUACAAACUCCAGGAUGAACCUCGUCUCCGUUCCGGCAAUUGGGAAGAACCAACAUGUGAACACCGAGUGGCUCCGCCGCUUGCUCACACUCGAACCUUGCAACACACCAUAUCCCAAAGAAGUUCCGAAGACAGCUGGUGUUCGGGAUCCGAUCCAGACCUGUCUUCCGACGAGGAAAGCGAUCGGAGCGCCGCCUCAAGUACCAGGAGCAAUGGUCAAUUACGAAAUACGCUGAACAAAGCCCGGACUCUCUGCGACAAGUGGAGGGGAAGCGGUGGUAUAGGCUCCAAUAACAGACUGUCACUCGACAGUUCUCUGCCAGGGGACACGUCCCCGCAAAACCACGGUAGACUGUCCAGGUGGUUUUCUAUCAGAAGAGGAAGCAACCAUCAGUACGAUAUCGAAAAUGCAGACAGCCAAAGAUCUCCGCAGAAUCCAAAUAAAAUGCCACAAUUGCCUGAGGUGGAAGAAGAAACUGGAUUUCACUUUCCAAGUUGCACCUCUUCGCAAAGGCGGCAAUUACCCCCUAGUUUACCCCAACCUCCUCCAGACUUGACUCCCUUACAGUUGAAGAGGAGGAUGAUAGUAGCAGCAAUUGUACAUAGUGAAAAUUCUUAUAUAGCUACCCUCCAAAGGCUAGUAAAUGAUUACAAAAAACCUUUAGAAGAAAGCAAUCCUCCAGUCCUUAGUAGUUCAAAAAUCCAAACCCUAUUCCAUAGACUUCCAGAAAUACUUCAGUGCCAUACACUUUUUCGAAUAGCUUUAGCAGAAUGUGUAAGAAAUUGGGAUCGAGAUGAGCGAAUAGGAGAUGUGUUCGUAGCCUCUUUCUCCAAAGCCAUUGUUUUGGAUAUUUAUAGCGGUUUUAUCAAUAAUUUUUCCCUUGCUAUGGAUUUAGCAAAGAUGGAAGCAAAACGAAAAUCUGCCCUCGCAGAUUUUUUGAAGGUGAAGCAGAUCAGCUCGCAUGAUCGGUUAUCAUUUUUUGGACUAAUGGUAAAACCUGUUCAGAGGUUCCCACAGUUUAUUCUGUUCUUGCAGGACCUCUUGAAGUACACUCCACACGGCCACCACGAUAGAAUGUCUCUUCAGCUUGCUCUGACGCAAUUGGAAUCCCUGGCAGAGAUGCUGAAUGAAAGAAAGAGAGAAGCGGAGCAGUACCAGGCAUUCAAAGAAAUGUUGAGGAAUAUCAGCGGAAAGUUUUCCGUAAGGCCUUUGUCAGAUAGUAACAGAUAUUUGCUCAGGGAGGACAAUGUUACGCAAUUGGAAUACAGUCAGAAUGGACUAAUAACCAAGGCAAAGAGUAGACGUUUACUGCUUUUGAAUGAUCUAGUGGUUUGCGUUUCGGUUGCAUCAAAAUCUUCUGACGAUUUCGGAACUGGUGAGAGAUUGAGCUUGAAAUGGACCCAUCCUGUAUCUGAAAUCGAAAUACAAGAUACCAGCACUUCCCCCACUCUGAGCCGGAUCUUGACAUCGAGUCAAAAUAAAGGCGGCAGUAUCAAGUCCAACGGUUCCUUCGAAGGAACUCCUCCCCAAGAUGCCAACAAUUUAUGUGUGGAAAUGAGUAACCUUAUGCACGACUAUGAAGUUAUGAGCAGGAUAAACGAUCUGACAGGUCAAUUGAAAGGCAACUACAAAGAAAUCAACCACGAGAAUACCAAGAAAAUUCUGCACCAGAUCCAAACCUCCAUUCAACAGAAAGACGAAGAAAUGGCAUGGGUGGAUUCAUGUUGUUUACAGCUUGUUGUGAAAACCAAGGGCAAGGAAGAAACUUUCACCUUCCAGACUGAUAAUCCAUCAAUAAAAAAAGAGUGGAUCACAGAACUGAGACUUGCUCAAUUGGCUCUAGAUCCGAACAAUUCGCCGGCCUGGGAAGUACCUGAGCAAGAACAAAGGCCCUCUACCAAAAUGCCAUUAUUUGUGAAGUCACAAUCAGUUUACAUGUCACAGCAUCAAACUGAGGUGCGCUGUGGAUGUUAUUAUACCGUAACUUUACCCAAAACAGCAAGAAGACGGCAUAGGGUUCAAAACUACCUUUGGGUCUGUACAACAGAUGGAGCCAGCAGUCAUAUAUCUGUUCUUGCCCAGCACCAUCAACAAGCUGGAGUACUGAAGGAUCUUACCUCAUUUUCUUUGGUGGAAACCCAAAUUACUGCAAUGGAAUUUGUAAAAGGUUCACCACCACCUGGCCCCAACUUAGCUUCAGAUACUGUCUGGAUAGGGACGGACAGGCACAAAUUGCACUUAUACGCUGCGGAAGAACCUGAAAAGCAGGAAGAAAUUGCCAACACGACAGUCUCCGACGUUAUAAUGCAUAUUAAAUACCACUGUGAUAACGUUUUCGUUGCUUUGGCUAACGGAACGCUCUGUGUAUAUAGAAAAAACCCCAUUGACGGUGCUUGGCUCAUCCAGGAGCCCCAAGUAUUUACUUUAGGAACUGACCCCGUUUCUUGUCUACUGCCUAUAAACCUUUGCCUGUAUGCAGCUUGCGGAAAGAAAGUUUGGGUGCUCAACGGAGUUACCGGAGAUAUUCAGAAACAUUUCGUUAUUCAACACGAACAUUUCGGAAACGUGAAUAUGAUGGCGCACAGUGGUAUCGGGUUGUGGAUUUCUCAGAAGAAUUCCAGCACGAUUUGUUUGUAUCACACUGAAACAUUCAAGCAUCUCCAGGACAUCAACAUCGCUUCUAUUGUUAUGAGGAUCAAUGGAUCAUCAGGUCCUCGUGAUUCGAUGAACAAUAACCGAUCCCUAGUACACGUGACAGCCCUGCUGGCAUGCAAAGGUCUUCUUUGGGUAGGAACCAAUGUGGGUAGAGCUUUGACCAUACCCCUACCAAGACUAGAAGGAGUCCCCAUCAUCAGUGGUCGCGUCAACAUCUCCUACCACGCCCACUUUGGUCCGAUUUCUUUCCUGUUAGCUUUACAGCCAAAGAGUUACAAUAAUAAUUCACAGAAAACUAGCUCGAGAGAGAGCAAGGAAGAAAACAAGCAGGAUAACGAAAGUAUGGAUACAAGCUUCACCGAGAAGUCGGAAGAGAAUUCAAGGCCUAAGAUGGAGAAACAGUUGUCUGACAGUUCUAUGCAGAGUUUGUCUGCUAAACUCAAGUAUUUGACAAGCAGCCCGGUGGUGCUGAGGAAGAGAAGGUCUAAAGAGAAUGAGUUGGCACGUAUGUCGAAAACUUUACCAAGAGGUUUAGGCAAUGGUGGAUCAAUAUUCUCAACUUCCAGUACGUCAUCACAAAGCUCUGGAGAUACCAACAACGUUUACGGCCUAUACAGUGAACUUAUGUACGUCAAAGACUACGAACGUGAUGAAAACAUUCUGACCGACCCUGUAUAUGAGUCUCUGAGACGAAGCGAUCCCGAACUAUCUGCCAUACCAAACAAAGUCAGUACUUUGGAUCGAAGACUGAAGAUGAAAGUAUCUAGACCGAGAUCUUUGGACCUGUCGAACUGGUCUGUCGACUCGAGGUCAUCGAGUUUAUGUACCUCGUCUGGGUCGGAAGAAAGCAUGGCUGUGAGGCUGAACAAUUUUGGUAGGAGUGUUUCCAGGAACAACUCUAAUGCCUCCAGGCAGUUAAAUGGUGUCAGUGAAAGCGUUCCGGAGAAAGAAAUCCCUCCGGUUGAAAAACCUGCUGCCAGUGUAAAUAAACAAACCAAUACAAGAACAUUGAGUAAGAGUAAAAGUAGUACCUUUGACAAUGGUAGAAGGACUGUUAUAACAUUGAUGGGCGGUAGAGGUUAUGUCAAUUAUCGACAGCCAUGCUGCUCGUCUGACAAAAACAAACCCCCAAUGUCUGGUAAAGAUAUGAAUUGUAAUGAUGCCCAUAUCGUAAUAUGGGAACUGAAAUUGUGAUCUGAUUGAGAAAUAAGUUUUUAUUCAUGUUGGAAGGAAAACGCUAAUAAGUUUUUUUCAUUUUGUUCAAAUGUUCUCUGGAGCUCAAACCGUUUUUGAAAAAUUUUAUGUUGAUACUGAAUGAGUUUCAAAUUUGGAAGGGACUUCUCAGCGUUCAUCCUUUUUUAAUUUCAAAAAUGAAUGUGUAUUUUAGAUAGUAUAUAUAAAUGUCAAUAUUUUUAUGGCCUUUUAUUUAUAUAAAAAAACUUUUUAGUUUUACUUUUUAAUUUAUUUUGUUUUCCAACGGUUUUUUUAUUUAUUCUUCAAUGUCAUCACAAGCCUAAUGGACUACCCUUAUUAGAUAUAUUUGUAUAUUUUAUAUUCAUCGUGCCCCUGUUAUUUUUUAAAAUAGUUGCAUGUUUAACUAUAAUGAAUUUAUUAUUGUUCACUGUGUUAUAUCAGAGCAUCUAUUGAAAUAAAGUUGAAAACCUCAAA